AUGGACCGAAAAAAACCUCCCAUGUAUGCGGCGAAAGUGAACGAGAUGAGCCAGAAACGUCAACAAGUAUACGUAGCGCAGCCUUCCUCACGCAUCCGCCCCGAUGGGCCAUCCUUUGACGUUUUCAACGAAGUCCAGUUGGUAUGGAGUUUCGUUAAAGACCAAUGCCAAUGUCGAGGCUUCACAGCUGGAGAGCAGGCGCUUCCUGGAGUUGAUGGUGAGGCCAGCCACUCUGCGAAGGAGCACGUGAGGCUGAUUUGUGUACAAUUGAGGAGCCUUCUGCAGGAUCCGACAAUUUUUGUUAUUGAGCCAGGCUCGCCUUUCCCCGAUGACUUUCCGCAGCACGUGAGCUUCAUCUUAUCUCAGCUCAUGCAGGUCUACUGCCACAUCUACAGACAGCAUUUUGAGUAUCUGGUGGAGACAGACACAGUGGCGUACGUCAAUUGCUGCUUCAAGCACGCUCUGCUCUUUGGAGAUGAAUUCCAGCUGAUCACCGACAAAGACGUCGCCCCUGUGGCAAAUCUCGUGAAGAUCUUCCUCGGCCAAGCCCAGCAGGAGCAGCACCGCGCGUGCGAGGCGACGGACUGGACCUCUCCUGCGGGCUGUCGAAGAGGCAGCGACAGGAAUCCAAAGGGCGCAAGCUUGCCGCCUUACCACUCAAACUGCAUGCGCGAAAAAGGACACUUGCUUGGACCAGAAAGUCAGACGACGUGUACAGACGGCCACAGCGACAAGAGUCCGCGGAACUCUCAAGCGAGUUUCUAG